AUGGAUUCCUUCGGAGCAACGCAGCUGUGCUGGGUGAUCCUUGGCUUCCUUCUACUCCAAGGCCAUAACUCCCAACCUACGAUAGUCCAGACCUCUAGCCCUCAGGCUUACUUCAUCUUAGACACAACCCAAAAUAUUACCCCCAAAUCAACCACCACGAACCUGAGGACAGGGGAUUAUUUGACCAUCGUUCCUAGUCCCACAUCAGAGUCGGUGCUCACGGUGGCUGCAUUUGGUGUUAUCAGUUUCAUUGUCAUCCUGGUGGUCGUGGUGAUUGUCCUAGUCAGUGUGGUCAGUCUAAGGUUUAAGUGUCGGAAAAACAAGGAGCCUGAAGAUCCCCAGAAACCAGGGAGUUCGGGGAUAUCUGAAAGUUGCUCCACUGCCAACGGCGAGAAAGAUAGCAUCACUCUCAUUUCUAUGAAGAAUAUCAACAUGAAUAACAGCAUAGGAUGCUCAACGGAGAAGGUUCUGUAA